UAUAUUUGAGCCUCAUAUUUAACAAAAUGGCAGCGUCCAUGUGAGACAAAUUACUUUUAGUUUUGUGCCAAGUCCGGGGCCAACCAGCCAAGACACUCAUUUCAGUGUUUGAUUAAUGCGUAGACUUAGGCUAACUGAUAAGCAUUGUAUUCCCAUAAUAUUCAUUUGAUUUACUUGCGUAUGUCAUGUUUAGACUAGGCCUAUUAGUCUUAAGUUAAUCCAUCGAGCUAUUCGAUUCUGCAGCUGCAUCUCCACCUCCUGUGUGAUGAUGGCCUCCUUGAUCCGCCGGUCGGCCCCGUGUUUGCUCGGGAGGAAAACGCGAGUUUCCGGUCCGUGGUCUGCGGCGCCAACGUGGCCAGCGGGCGCGGAUGUAACGUUAGGUGGCCAUUCAUCACGGGUUCACAGCAGCAGCAAACGGCUGAAUGUGGACAGGGUGUCAACUAUUUCAAAGUUUCUACUCUUCAACAAUGACAUCAUCAUGUGCAACAGACAAUUAUUAUGCAGGGAUCCCAGGGUCAGAGGACUUAAAUUUAUUUAUUCCCAAGAAUUUUCUUCAAGUUCAAAUGAGAAGUCAGGAAUAACUGAAAAGGAAUUAAAAAGAGAAAUUGACGAUUUGACUGACAAAUUUAUGGAGACAAGAGAACUCUUGGAAGAUGCUAUGGAGGCCAAAGGCACAGUCUACUUCAAUGAUGAUCUCAAAGAUGCCAAGGAGGCUGUUCAAGAAACGCUGUCUCAGUUUGAGGAUCUGAUGGUGAAACUGAGCGAGGAGCAAGAGAGAAAUGUGAGAAGAACUAUUGGACUCAAGAUGGAGGAGCUCCGAGCACAAGAGGCAAUGAUUGAUGAGAGUUUGAAAGAUUGAAUAUCAAUUAGAAUUUGUAUUGGUUAAUAUUGUUCUAAGGAAAAGUUGGAUGUUUUCAAAGAAUACAUUGCCAAUUAAUGAUUGUUAAUGUUAAUAUUGAACAUGACCUGUAUG